ACCUCCUCCUCCCUUCUACCUCCUGCCCAUCCAUACUCCUUGCGUCCGCCGCUAUACGUAACGGUCAUAAGAGCAAGCCUACAGCAGCCACUACUCAAAGCAACGCCAUCUGAAGCCUUCCCCGCGACAGAUCUGAAAUCUGAAUCCUUCGAGCUUGUGCAUCAUAAUUUAGUGGUCUUGGAUCGCGGAGCCUCAAAAAUGCCAUCAGACCACGACGUGUCCCCCAUCUCGUCGCCUGCUCUCUCGCGCAUCAACAGCAGAAAUAGUGCUGUUUCCUCUUUGGAUAUUUCUCCUAUCUCUUCGCCUGUCUUCUCGCCCACCCAAUUAUCCAGCUCUGGCCAUGGAGCUGCCACUUCGGAUACCGCAACAACCAACUCGUUCGAACGUUCGUUCACCGACGCAGAUGACUGGUUUGGCCGUUUCCGUGAGGAUCUAGAUAUCUCCGACGAGUGCCCCGAUCGAGGUCAACUCGCUGUUGCCGGACAAGUCCCUGUGUAUGACGCCAAUGGAAACUCGCGACUUUUCAGCACCUUCUUCACUGGCCUGGAUGCCAUUGGUGACAGACAGUUCAUCAUCUUUGUGCGACACUUUUACUGUGGUGCUUGCCAGGCUUACAUGAAAGCGAUCGCCGAAGAGAUCACCAUGCAGGCUUACUACACCAUGGCUGUUCCCACAAACAUCAUCGUCAUCGGCUGUGGCUCGCCAUCCAUGAUUCCCUUCUACAAGCAAGCCACUGGCUGUCCAUUCCCCAUCUUCGCCGAACCCAGUCGCAAGCUCUACAAGGCAUUGGGCAUGUCAAUCACUCUCAACAUGUCCGGACCCAAGAGACCGGAAUACAUGAAGGACAUCCCUCUUACAAAAUGGCAGAUGCAGCAAUGGACAACAAUGGCAAAGCAAAAGGGCACCUCGAGAUUCAAGGGCGGCAACCUGCUCCAAGUCGGCGGCGAGUUCCUUUUCCAGGAUGGUCAGGUCGUCUGGUGUCACCGAAUGAAGAAUAUGCGUGGACAUGCCGAAGUUUCCAUCGUCAAGCGUGUCUUGGAGAUGGAGGACUAGAAUGCUGCAAAUCCACCACAUCGACACAGCGACCCACCUCGUCAGAAUUGGUCUGCUCUGCUUCACUUCCAACGCCCUUCCAACACAUUACAACCAACUACCAAGCAGAUUCAGGCCCAGCAAAUCUGAGCACAUCAAGACCUACAACACACAGAUCUCUCCAUUCAGCAUCUCCUUUGUUCCGUGGUGGCAGCCACAUCUUACGAGAAAUACGCCUUUUUUGUACCUUACUCAGGAGAGACCCAGCGAGCGCAUCCGUGCCACGGCUUCCUUUCUAUUUUCUUUCUACUUUGUCGAUAUUUUGUUUCCACCCCAGAGAUACCAUAGCUAUUUUUUCACCCAAUAUACUUCACUUCUUUUGCUCCCUAGCUAUAGAUCUGCUUUUGUGUGUACUUUUUGCCCUAAU